AUCGCUAUCUGCCGCUCCCUGUUAGCUUAAGCUGCUGCGCUAAGCUUGUCUUCUGCUUUAGUUGCUGUUAAAAUCGGAAUUCUUUGCAGUGACUCUCUGUAGGUAGUUGGCUGUCGGUCGCUUUCUGUGGUUUUAAAGGAGAUAAAGCAUAACGGCCCCGAUAAGAUGGCGGACUGUGUCUCUAAAGUGGAGCUGAGUGUCUCCUGUUCCAACCUGCUGGAUAAAGAUGUCGGAUCAAAGUCGGAUCCUCUGUGUGUGCUGCUGCUAAACACGGGAGGAGACAACUGGACUGAGCUGGGUCGUACUGAGCGUAUUAAGAACUCCUCCAGUCCGUCCUUCAGUCAGCGUCUCAGACUGGAUUAUCACUUUGAGACGGUUCAAAAUCUGAAGUUGGGGAUCUACGACAUCGACAACUCCAGUGUCGACCUCGGCGAUGAUGACUACCUGGGAGGGGUGGAGCUAACGCUGGGACAGAUCGUUUCCAGUAAAACUUUGACCAGACCUCUGCAGCUGAAGAAAGGCAAACCCGCCGGGAAAGGAACCAUCACUGUCUCAGCAGAAGAGAUGAAGGACAACAGAGCCAUUGAGCUGGAGAUGGAGGCUAAAAAGCUCGACAAGAAGGAUAUGUUUGGAAAGUCUGAUCCCUUCCUGGAGUUCUUUAAGCAAGGAGACGACGGAAAGUGGCAGCUGGUCCACAGAACAGAGGUGGUGAAGAACAAUCUGAGUCCCUCCUGGAAGAAGUUCACUGUUCCUCUGCAGACGUUCUGCAGCAGCGACCUCGACAAAACUAUUAAGGUGGAUUGUUCUGAUCAUGACAGCGAUGGAUCUCAUGAUCUGAUCGGUUCUUUCACCACUAAAGUCUCUGAGCUGCAGAAAGCUGCUAGUUCAGCGGUGGAGUUUGACUGCGUCCACCCCGAGAAACAGAAGAAGAAGAAGGGCUACAAGAACUCUGGAGUCGUCUGUGUGAAGAGCUGCAAGCUGGUGACUCAGUACAGCUUCCUGGACUAUGUGAUGGGCGGCUGCCAAAUCAACUUCACAGUGGGGAUUGACUUCACCGGCUCGAACGGUGAUCCUCGCUCACCCAACUCUCUCCACUACAUGAGUGCAGAUGGGCUGAACCAGUACCUGUCUGCUCUGUGGUCUGUGGGUCAGGUCAUCCAGGACUACGACUCUGAUAAGUUCUUCCCAGCGUUCGGUUUUGGAGCCAAACUGCCUCCAGACUACCAGGCUGCAAACCAUGAGUUCGCCCUCAACUUCAACCCCACUAACCCCCACUGCCAAGGUAUUCAGGGGAUAGUUGAAGCCUACAGGAUGGUUUUGCCUCAGAUCAGACUCUCAGGACCUACAAACUUCUCUCCCAUCAUCAAUCAUGUCGCUUCCAUCGCCGCCACAGCUGCACAGACCAACAGCGCCUCUCAAUACUACGUCCUCCUCAUCCUCACGGACGGUGAGAUCACUGACUUCGACCAGACCCGAGACGCCAUCGUUCGGGCGUCGCGGAUGCCGCUGUCAAUCAUCAUCGUUGGUGUGGGGCCGGCGGACUUUAAAGCCAUGGAGCUUCUGGAUGGAGACGACGGCGUGCUGAGGUCGACGACGGGGGAGGCCAUCACCAGAGACAUCGUCCAGUUUGUCCCGUUCAGACAGUUCAAAGAUGCUCCCAUGUCAUCUCUGGCUCAGUCUGUCCUGGCAGAGGUUCCCAAUCAGCUGGUCUCUUAUUUCAAAAUGAGAGGCCUUGAACCACCGAAACCACAAGCUGCUCCCAAAUCCUAGACCCCACCCACGUUCCGCUCAUUCCAGGAUCAGACCGCACCCCUCAGCUCUGGCCCUACCCACAAAGUCGACCACUCUUCAACGACCAACCUGAUGUGUCGCUGGAAUUUCAGCCAAUCACAACGCAGCAAUCAGCUGUCAGCCAAUCAGAAUUCCAGGAGCAAUCCUCCCCAAUUUUUUUUUUUUUAAACCAGUGUCAUAAUCACUUUGUUUUCUCUAAUUUUCCUCUUCAGUAAGUGGUAUUACAAUAAUGUAGUAUGAAUUAUUGAAUCCUCCUGCUGCUUUCACACUAACUAUGCAGAUCAUGUUUACUAAUGUAUUCAUAUAUAUAUUUGAUUCCUCCUGCUGUUUCCACACUUUCUAUGCAAAUCACAUGUCUUUACUAACAUGUGUUUAACAGUCACAGAGCAACACACACACACACACUCCAAUUAUCAUUACCAUAGUAACAGAAGGUCACUGACCUCCUGAGAGCUGAACUUGUGUAGAAACUGUUUGACUUUGUAUUUGUAGACAGAAGUAAGUUUGGGGUUUUCUCAUUCACUUCAACACAGUACUAUCACAGCAGCUUCUACACAUUGACAGUAAACCAAUGGUUUCCUUGUUACCAUGGUGACACUGUGCACCCCUGGACCAGCUCUGUAUGAGUGUGUGUGGCUUGAAUCUGCUUGAUUGAUCAGGUGUCAAUAUAUUGCACUUUGCUUUUCACUAAAAUGCUGGAAAAAUAUAUUAUGAAUAUUAUCAUAGUUUUACUACUAUAGCCUUAUUAUACACUUUACUAUAGCCUUACUGUAGUUGUUAGUGUAGCCUGUGUGACCUCAACACGCUGCUUCCAGACUCUGUCAUGACUCUCAGUGGUUUGUUGUUGCAGCCAUUUUGGCUCCCAGCUCAGAACUCAUUUCUACCAUCACGUUGGGUUCAACCUGAAUUUCCUAAAAUAUGGAGGACCCCUGUUUGACCUUUUAAAAUACCAAAACUGACGACCUGCGACAUUAAUGAUUCAUACAAGAUGUUGGAGGCAUCAGUUAAUUUUUCAUCCUGUAUCAAAGAGCUGCAUGUCUGUAGUUACAGACUCUGAAUGUUUGGCCAUGCAGGUCAGUUGACCUGAGACAGAGCAGAUCUGAACUGACUUAAUCUCUUAAUCUGUAAUAUGGUGUCUGAACUCGUCUCUGUUCAUUGGUCAGAUAAAGUCCAAAAAUGGAUGCUGACUGCGUACGCAAAUAACACACAGAAGUUCAUAAGUUUCUCAAUCAAAUAUAUGAUAUACAGAUGACAACAUUUACGUCACCACCGUGAGAAAGCAGAAAGUAUAAAUUUGGGCUUUAGUGAACAGAUUUACUGAUCGCACUGUCCGUCUGGCAGAAACACUCUUUGUUGGGAGCCAACAUUUUCGUCUCAGCAGCACAGUAAUGAUGCUGCGUUCAGGUCAUGUUGAAGUUACCGUUAAUCCUGUCAGCAUCCAAGUUAGACUUUUUUCACUCUUGAGCUGCACAAACUGAGUCAAAGAUUCAUCCACACAAGUUGGAAAUAUUCAAAUUUGAGCUAAAAAAAUGUCCUUUUACCAGAAUCUACUUCAUUAGCAUACAGAAAUGAGAGAAAAAAGGAGCUACUGGAGGGAAAUAACAGAAAGAAGCAGAGUUCUCAGUGACUGCUGCUACAUAAAUACACACAGUUAGUGUGUGUGUUGCUAGCUAGAUACUAGACAGCUCAGUUUGGUACAUCGACAGUCCAGCAGGUGAAUAUCUAUUCCUGAACACACUUUUAGACUCGCAGUUAAGAGUGCUGGCAGUUGCAGUCUUGAGCUGACCAGUGAUGUAAGCACUUAGUCGUAACCAUGGUAACCCUCCCUCCCUCCCAAAUGACCUGAACGCGGCGUCCCGCAUUGCCAAGCAACUUCACACUGAGAGUCUGUCUGAAUGUCUGCUCUGUGUACGUACCAAAGACUGUCUCCUGACUGACACGGCCUUCUCUCUCUUAACUGGGAUACUGAAAUUACCUGAAAACACACACAAAUACACACACACACACACACACACACACACACACACACACACACACACACACACACACACACACACACACACAAACAAACAAUCAAUGGUAAACUGUGUCAAAUAAAUCAUUGCUAAUUAAAGAGUUACCGCCAACGAUUCAUCUGCACCUUAAAUUAAAAGCACUUGAAAAUAAUUUUCAAUCUCAUUUUAAGCACUUACAAUCAUCACUUGAUGUUGACAGAAAUGACAUAAAUGAGUAAAAUUGUUAGAGGUCAAAGAGUUCAUUUUGGGCUUUUUUUUUCAGGGUCCAUUUUUUUUAAAGUCAAACAUCUGUAUUGCAUAUUGUUUGUAGCGCUGAGGUUAGUUUUAACUUUAGCAAAGAAAUACAUUCUGCAUAUUUGGGAACAGUCUGUGUAACAAGAUAAUUUCUAUAAUAACAUUUUUGUAGUUUACAGCCACAAUUGUUAAGUGCUGCAAAUUUUAGAGAUCUAUAAAUGCAGUCCAAGCAUAUCUCACAGUCUUCAUCAGCGAAUGGAGCCGUCUCAGGUGUCUUCACCCGAUAACCUUUCAACACCUUCAUCUCCCUGCUGUUCUGUUGUGGUGUAUGACAUCAUCAUGACAUCACACGUGACAGCUGACCGAAGAGACUGAAUGAACACCAGAAACUGACCAAACAACACCUGAACACACCAUCUGCUGGAAGACUGUGAGAUGUGGUUGAAAGCUCUGGAAGAAGCUAGUUUGGAUUAUUAUUUUUGUCAAACGUACCAGUUUUGUAUUUUUAGUUGAAGCAGUGUUUUAUGUUUCCAGCAGUCUGCCUCUUUGGUACCAACAGUGUCUGCUGCUUCAAGACUGUGUGAUUUGUUGUUUUUCAGUCAAACUUGUUCCAGUUUUCUCUGUAAGAAAACAAUCGAAAACAUCACUUUGUCACCUGUUACAGUCGCCAACGAGGGAUGACUGGAGUCACAGGAAAUAAAGUGUGAACAGUUUGAGAUGAAAUGAAAAAGCACCUUCUGACUCCUCGUCUAUCCAGAGUUUUCUGAGAAGUAUUGACAAAACAUUCAAAUGAGUUCCCCAGAAAGUUUCUAAAGAUGUUUGUUUGCUGAGUCUGGAUUCAUCUGUUUACUUCAGUGUUUCUCAACAUUUUAGGCUUUUGGCCUCCUAAACAAAACCAUAUCUACUGGUGAACAAUACAUUCUUGUUGAACUGGUCACACAUAUUAACAUCUCAACAUACAUAUCAACAGUUGUGACCAUUUCAACCAAAAAAUGUAUUUUUUUAUACAUUUUAGAGGCUCAGAGAGGUAAAGUUAUACCGUAAUUGACCGGGUGAAAAAACAAGAUUAGAGAAAAGUCUGAAAAACAAACAUGUUUUCUUUGCUUUCCUGUUCUGUUAGUCAUCAUAUCAUGACUCCCAACACUACACAGGUCUGCUGUGUCGCAGGUCUUUUCAGAAAACAUCUAUAACAAUUAACACUUUCCCUAUUUUAAACUGUUAGAAAACAUUUUGUUUAUCAAUUUGUUUCCUAAAACCUUAAAAACUACUUUCUGAAGUUUGUUCAGAAAUACAGAAAUCUGACCGUUUAGAAAGAAAAGGCAGAUCCAUCCACUGAUGAAGACCAUGACUUGCUCUUGAAAGCACCAGAAAAAGCUAAUUAAGUGCACCAUGAGUUCAGGUUUUUUUGUAUUUUUUGUUUUUGUUGUUGUUGUUGUUGAUGCCAAACUGCAGCAGAUUCUGUUGGUGGUCUCCGCCAUCUUCUUUCUUUGUUUUCUUCUUAGUUGCUGAAAACUUGUUUUACAUCUGUGUUUUAGUUGAAGGGAAUUUGUUUUCACAUAUGUGGUUUAAAGUGUUUAAAAGGCACUUCAAUUUUUAAGAUUUCAGCCAAAAAUCUUCCCAUUUGUCAUUUUAAACAGACAAUUAAUGAAGUUAAGUGAAUGUAAUCAUGCUGGAAAUCAUGUACGUCAGUUUAACCCUGGCUGUGUGGUCACAUGGUGCUAUGAUGUCAUCGAGUAUGGGAGAGACUUGGGCCAAAUUUCUAAAAACUGCUGUCACUUGAACCAUCAGGGAUGAAAAUCUGCUGUUUGAAAAUAAGAAAAAGAAAAUAAAAUCUUAUCUUGAUAAAGAACUACACCUCCCAUAAUCCUUUGCUCCAUAUCUGCACUGGUUAAACCUCUUUCACACCUGUUGUUCUUUACUCAACUUGUAAAUGAUUGUGAAACUGGUUCAUCCACAGCAUCAUGUGACCACCUGCUCCACUGCUCACUCAAUCAACCACUAUCAACUAACCAAUGUAACUAACCAGUAUAACCAGUAACAUCAUGUCUGUAUGAACACUGCCUUAGAAUUCAAUAAAAAAAAACAACAUUGGGAAACAAAA